AUGAAGUCGCUAUCGUCUCUUGUACUUUACAUUUUACUCUCUACGUUCAAUAUUACAGCAUCGGUCGAUGUUUUCCAGUUCGGUGAUAACCAGGGCGCCGUCAUAUUUUCACAAUCCGGAAAAAUAGGACCACGAGAGAAGCACGUCGAAGUACCUGUUGUACUACCGCUCUGCAUGGACGUAUCGUACGUCCGAGUGGACGUCGAUAAUCCAAGGGCGCCGCCCAAAGUGGACUUCGACUCGGACGCGAGCACGGUCAUCAUCACGUACCGCAGAAGGCAGCGAAGCAGAUCAAGCUACACGGUCAUCGCGAAGGGGGUCCCCUCCAUAUCUUGCGUGGAAAGUUAUGAGUAA